AUGUACGGCGGUCUGUGCGUGUGCGUGCUCCUCGCGGCGCUCUCGGCGAGCUCCGUGGGACAGCAGCAGCCCGUGCGCGCGCCGGCCGCGGGCGGCCCGCCGAAACCCGGCCCGCGCCUCGACGGAGGCCUCGACCCAAGGGCCAACCUCGGCGCCCUGCUGGCCAAGUACCUGCAGCAAGGCAGAAAAGGUCCCAGUGGAAGGAUCUCAGUUAUGGGAAACAGGGUACAGAGCUUUGAUCCUACGCACAGGAUAAAUGACAGAGACUACAUGGGCUGGAUGGAUUUUGGACGGCGCAGUGCUGAAGAAUACGAGUACUCCUCCUGAAGAACCACAAACUAUAGCAACAGGAAAGGGAAAAAAAAUCACACUCCCAUGUCUGUACAGCAGGAGAAAAAUUAAUUUGUUGUUCUCUUCAAAUCAGUGUUUUAAAAUAUAUUAUGUACUUGACGUAAAUUUGUCUGUAAGACUAUACAAUGCAAUAUAUACAUAUGCAGAAUUUUCCAGGAAAUGUUUUCUUUCUUUCUGUGGUUUCUCAUACACUGAUAUUCUAUUAAAAUUAUUUCACAUAUCCCUUCUUGUCCUGUCACCACACAUUGCUGGGUGCCUAACAACACAGGGUGGCAGGAAAAUGCCCUCAUUCUGCAAUGCAAAUACAUUUGAUUUGUUAAAUUGUCAGAUGAAUGAGCCCCUUUAUAGAGAAAUCCUGUAAUAGUCACAAUAAUUAUGAACUCUAAGGAAAACUCAUCCAAAUAUAAAUACAGUAGCACAAUAUUGCCAGAAAAGGCCACCUGCCUUCACGGCAACCCCAUUUGGCAAGGA